GCCACUGCCCCUGCAACAGCCGCAGCGAGGAGAGCCGGCAGCCCCAGCCCCGCGCACGGUAAGGACGGCACGGCGAACAAUGGGGCCGGGCGGGCAGCGCGGCGGGGGCUGCGGGGCGGGCGGCGGGGAGCGACCCUCCCCGGGCGGUGACAGCGGCGGGCACCGCUCGGCCCGGCGUAAUCCCAUUAGCGCCGUAAGCCGCGGGGCGGCACCGCGCCGAGAGGCAGCCGCCCGCUGUCCGGACUGCGCCCGGCCUCGGGGCAGCGGGGGCGGGCGGGCGGGCGGGCGGCGCGGUGCCUUUUGUCGGCCCCUGAGCCGGGAGCCGGAGCCCCGGGGGCAGCCUGCGCUUCCCUCUGGCCGCUCCUCCGCUCCCGGCGGCCGGCUUCCUGGCCGAGAGGAGCGGAGAGGCGGCUCCGCCGCCGGAGCCCCCUCGGGGCGGGGGGCAGCGCGAGUGCUCUCCGGUCCGGAGCCGCUGCCCCGCUUCCCCGAGCGGCGGGGCCGGUAGCGGCCGCCUGGGGGCCGCUGCCCUCCGCGGGUCACAGCCCGGCUCCGCGACGCCUCCGCCGUAGCCUCGUGUGCGGGCUGAGGAGCCGACAGGAGAGUUGCGAGCAGGCAGAAGUUUAUUUCCAGAGCGGCAGCUUGCCCGUAGUAGGCCUUAUCUUUUAUGCCUCCACUUUUUUUUUUCUUUCUUAAAGCAUACGCAAACUCUGUGGAGCCUUUUUUUCCUCCCCCCUCCCCACGUAGUCGGAUUUGCUCGCUUGCUGGCAUGAAAUAAAUGAAACGCGCUGCCUAUCCCUCCUCAGUCCCAGCACUCCUCGUGGGCUUUCCUGCAGAGCAGCGUGUCCGUCCCUGCAGGGUGGGAAGCGAUCGCUGCAGAGGAGCAGAGCGGCUCGGCCCUGGCUGUUGCUGUCCCCCGGAUACUUUGACUCUCGCUCCGGGUGCUGCUUCCAGCCUGCGAGCACAGCGAGCAGUUGAUCCUGGAGCCGGGCCAACCACAAUAACGCUCUCCAGCAGCCCGGUUAAGCAAAGCCCCGAGCAUAAGCAAAGUCCCAAACGUUCUUCUGAAUUAAGAUCUUAAUCUUUUUUUUUUUUUUUUUUCCCUUCUUUCUCAAUAAUUAUUUCGUUCUUCCCUCCCUUCUGUACUGAUGGAUGUGGUGUCCGGCUCGUGAGCGGGCUGGAGCCGUCCAGAAGCCAGAAGGAAAGCAGUAAAUCCACUCUCUCUGUGUGUGUGUGUGUGUGUGUGUGAGUGUGUGAGUGCAUGUUCCAGGCACUGAGUUCCCCCUGCAGGGACGUGGCUAUGGGCCGGGAUCCCCACGGCCUUCCUGCUCGGCUCUCCCACAGGGAUGGUGCAGCCUCUUGCUUUCCUUUGGAAAUAGCAAGGGUCAGGGCUUAUAUGUGACACGUCGACUUCUGACUGCUAUUUCUGAAAGUUUAAAUGAUGCUGCGUCCACCCAAACACUGAGUUCUUCUUUUCCCUGCAGACUGAAGCUCAGAUUUAGCUAUGGAAGGAGUUGGCAGCGGGGCUGCUGCCAUCUUCAUGGGAAGGGGUCAGGAAACUGCAUUUCUCUGCUUGCUUUUUGCACAGCCUUACGAAUGGCCACUGAAAUUGCCUUCUUCUUCUGCACUGUUUUCUUGAACAAGCCAAAUGAACGAGAAGAGUUUAUUAACAAGGGCAGCAGCACGCAACUUCAGGAUGUCAGGAGUUGGUGGGAGACUGAAAGUGUAGCACCAGAGCCUGACUUCUGCUCAGUGGCUGCAUUUCAGAUAUAAGAAACACUUCUCUCUAAACAUGGGUGAAACAGAGCAGAGGCCAACAGCAGGAUCCCGGUUAGGAGCUCAGGAGAAUGCUGGGAUCAGUACCUUGGAGCAUGGACAGAAACCACCACUGACGCCACCAGGAAAACUCAUCUCCAUCAAAAUUCAGAUGCUGGAUGACACACAAGAAACUUUUGAAGUUCCGCAAAGAGCUCCAGGGAAGGUUUUGCAUGACGCCGUUUGCAACCACCUGAACCUUGUUGAAGGCGACUAUUUUGGCCUUGAGUUUCCAGAUCAUAAAAAGAUGAUGGUGUGGCUCGAUCUUUUGAAGCCUGUUAUGAAACAGAUUAGAAGACCGAAGCAUGUUGUUGUAAAAUUCGUGGUAAAAUUCUUCCCACCUGACCAUGCUCAGCUGCAGGAGGAACUGACAAGGUACCUAUUUGCAUUGCAAGUGAAGCAGGACCUGGCACAGGGAAGGCUAACGUGUAAUGAUACCAGCACUGCCCUCUUAAUCUCACACAUAGUACAGUCUGAGAUUGGGGAUUUUGAUGAAACCAUAGACCGUGAACACUUAGCAAAGAACAAGUAUAUACCUCAGCAAGAUGCACUAGAAGACAAAAUCAUGGAAUUUCACCGUAAACACACGGGACAGACACCAGCAGAGUCUGAUUUCCAGCUUUUGGAGAUUGCCCGUCGGCUGGAGAUGUAUGGAAUACGCUUGCAUCCAGCCAAGGAUAGGGAAGGGACAAAAAUCAACCUGGCUGUUGCCAACACAGGCAUUCUGGUGUUUCAGGGUCACACCAAGAUCAAUGCCUUCAAUUGGGCUAAGGUUCGAAAGCUGAGCUUCAAGAGGAAACGCUUUCUUAUCAAACUACGGCCUGAUGUGAAUAGUUCGUUCCAGGACACUCUGGAAUUCCUUAUGGCCAGUCGAGAUUUUUGCAAAUCGUUCUGGAAGAUCUGUGUGGAGCAUCAUGCCUUUUUCAGGCUGUUUGAGGAACCUAAACCAAAGCCCAAACCUGUUCUUUUUUCUAGAGGUUCAUCAUUUAGGUUCAGUGGCCGGACUCAGAAGCAAGUUCUUGACUAUGUUAAAGAAGGAGGGCACAAAAAAGUACAGUUUGAAAGGAAACACAGCAAGAUUCGUUCCAUCAGGAGUCUGACAGCACAGCCUUCAGAACAGCAUGCAGAGGUGCCAAAACAAAGCUCCAGCUUUGCCUAUGGAGAUGACAGUGAUGCUGCAGCAGUGCAGAGCUGCCAGCAAGGAAAGGAAUUGAAAGCUUCAACAGAAGACACUGGACAGCACAAGAGCCCUUCCUUAAAGAAGAGCCCAAAAGAAGGCAGAAAGGUGGAUGGAGCAGUGGUAUCAGCAGUGGAGGAGGAAGAGGAGGCUGCUACGGACAGGAUGCAGCAGAACAGACCUCAGUCACAGCAACCAAGCACAGCAGGUUCUCUGACUGGCAGCCCUCAUCUGUCAGAGCUUUCCAUCAAUUCCCAAGGAGGACCAUCAGUGGCAAACAUGUCAUUAUCUCCAAACUUGAGCCCUGAUGCCAAGCAGUCAUCUCCCUUGAUAAGCCCUUUGCUGAAUGACCCAUCGUGCAUCAGGACUGAGGAAGAGGAAGAAGUCAAAAAAAAGAGAUUCCCAACUGAGAAGGCUUACUUCAUUGCUAAAGAAGUAGCAACCACAGAACGAACGUACCUGAAGGACCUUGAAGUCAUCACAUCGUGGUUUCAGAGUGCAGUGAGUAAAGAGGAUUGCAUGCCCGAGACUCUGAAAAACCUCAUAUUCUCCAACUUCGAACCUUUGCACAAAUUUCACACUGGUUUUCUCAAGGAAAUUGAGCAGAGACUUGCUCUGUGGGAAGGCCGCUCUAACGCUCACAUUAAAGGAGGUCACCAAAGAAUCGGGGAUGUUAUGCUAAAGAACAUUCAGGGUAUGAAGCAACUGACAAUUCACCUGUGGAAGCACAAUGAGAUUUUAACUGAGUUGGAGAAUGGAAUCAAGAACUCUCGCAAGCUGGAGACCUUUUGCAGGGACUUCGAGCUACAGAAAGUUUGCUACUUGCCUCUCAAUACCUUCCUGCUCAGGCCUUUACAUAGGCUUAUGCACUACAAGCAGAUAAUGGAGAGACUUUGCAAACACUACCCACCAAACCACGUAGACUUCAGGGAUUCAAGAGCUGCUUUGGCUGAGAUUACAGAAAUGGUGGCUCAGCUCCACGGCAAUAUGAUAAAGAUGGAAAACUUCCAGAAGCUGCAUGAACUCAAGAAAGACUUGAUAGGCAUUGACAAUCUGGUGAUCCCAGGAAGGGAGUUCAUUAGACUGGGCAGUCUUAGUAAGUUGUCUGGAAAAGGUUUACAGCAACGCAUGUUUUUCCUGUUUAAUGAUAUUUUGUUGUACACAAGUAGAGGCCUGACAGCAUCAAAUCAGUUUAAAGUCCAUGGGCAUCUGCCACUGUAUGGCAUGACAAUUGAAGACAGUGAAGAGGAAUGGGGGGUUCCUCAUUGUCUAACACUACGAGGUCAACAGCAGUCCAUAAUCGUUGCGGCAAGUACCCGCGCUGAAAUAGACAAGUGGAUUGAGGACAUUCAGAUGGCAAUAGACCUGGCAGAGAAAAGCAGCGACCCUGUCCCCGAGCUGCUGGCCAGCAGCCCCCCCGACAACAAGUCUCCUGAUGAAACUACUGUAGACCAGGAAUCUGAGGACGACCUCAGUGCAUCCCGCACCUCACUCGAACGUCAGUCACCACACCGUGGCAACACUACGGUGCACGUCUGCUGGCACAGAAAUACCAGCGUUUCAAUGAUCGACUUUAGUAUUGCUGUGGAGAAUCAGCUGUCCGGAAACCUCCUAAGGAAAUUCAAGAACAGCAACGGGUGGCAGAAGCUUUGGGUGGUGUUCACCAACUUCUGCAUGUUCUUCUACAAAUCGCACCAGGACAAUCAUCCCUUAGCCAGCCUCCCUCUUUUGGGAUAUUCUCUCACCAUUCCUUCCGAAUCUGAAAACAUUCACAAAGAUUAUGUCUUCAAGCUGCAUUUCAAAUCCCACGUGUACUACUUUAGGGCUGAAAGUGAAUACACGUUUGAAAGAUGGAUGGAGGUGAUCCGAAGUGCCACCAGCUCGGCCCUGCGCACUCGCGCCCUGAGCCACCGGGAGCCCCACACCUACUGAGCGCCACAGCAGCUGCUGGUUUUCUACCGGACAUUGGAAACUCUCCCUCCCCUCUCCCCCCAGAGCUUAGUAAAACUGAAGUUUGGUAAAAGGAAAGAGAAAAACCAACCAGUAAGGUUCUGCAGAAACAUCCGCAAUUCCUCAGCAAAACUGUUUCAGUUUUCCAUAUGUUGAAAAUAGCUGACACCAUCCCCGUGGCUGCAGUUCGUUCAUGUCUUGUAUUUCGUCAUUCUGUGCUGUUUUUAGCUUGUGCCAGUAUUAAAAUAUUGUCCUUAUUAGAGUGCCAAAUGCCAAAAGACGUUUUGUUGCCUCAGAGAUUGCACCUAAAAAGCCGACUCCACGAUCUGAGAUCUUGUGAGGCAAACACUAUUUCUUCUCUUUACAUAAAAAUAUAUUAUUUUUUUUUACCAUGUUAACCUGUAGACUGCUGGAGUUUUAAAUGUAGAUGGACUUCCACAGUACAGACUCUAACUCUACAUACAGCGAGCAGUCUAGCAGGAACAAAGUAACUUUCAGAUUUUUUUUUUCUCCUCAAGUCUUUCUAAAUGUACUCAACAAGGAAUUACUAAUUUUCUAUCUUUAACAAAGGAACAGUUUACAGCUCACUCUCAUUUCCCAUCGAGGUUACAGAUCCACGUGGUAUAAACAAGUUACAGGAUUCCCAUUGAACCAUUUUCUCAGUGCAAGUUGACCAAAUUGAUCAUCUGUUGGCUUGGGAAAGUGAAUACUACUUGCAAGGUGAAACAAAAUUAAAAUAAUCCAGUGCAAUAUUGUUUGGGCUGUUAAUGUUCUGUGAGUGGUUUGUACAAGGAGAAAUUAAAGGCUGUGGUGACGUUCUGCUGUUUGUUUUACAAACUUGAAAAAAAAAAAAUCCAACCUGUACGCUCCAAGAACCACAGCUUUGUGUAAUUGAUCUGUGGGGUGUUCUGGUGACACGUGGACUAAAGCACUGCACAUGGGGCAGCUGCUGAGCCCUGGGCUUGUUUUGUAUACCCGACCCUAACACCACAUAGCACCGUUCUUGGAUGAGCUGUUGGCCCAUUCAGAAGGGUGUCAGCACAAAACCUGCUCUGAUGAGAUGCUUUCCCUUAUGCUUUAAGAAACACUUCAUCGUGAAAUCAGUAUCAAAUGUCCAUUAGUAGAACGGCAUGCUGGAAACCCAUCUGUCACCACUCAGGGCCUUUGGGGAAACCCAGUGCUAGGCAGAGGGGCCUGAAUGUCAGCGUGGGAGAUGAAGCUGGGACGAUGCUGCCCCCAACUUUUCUUCUUCUGGCUAUUCACUGUGUUAAAUGCUUACCUAUAUGCGAUGUAUAAAAUGGCUUACAGCUUUGCUCACAACAAAAGGGAAUAAAAUACCUCACAAUACUAUCACA